AACCCAACAUAACACUGAACCUGUGCAGCCGACGCUAUUGCAACGGACGCACCAUUACACUGAAUCUGUGCGACGCUCCUGAAAUAAACGCACCAUGGUUGAGCUGUCAGUUUUUUUUUCCACUCGCGCGUGUUUGAUCGUGUCCGUGUCGGUGUUGGCGGUGUUGGCUGUAUCCUCGUGAUUUGGCAACUUUUGGCGUUAGUCAAGGUGUCCAACGAGCAGCCGAAGGCAGUUAGAAAGAUCCGCUGAGGGACGGAAUCGGGUCCGCUCCGCAAGGCGAAAAGUUUUCAGCAUCUUUGUAGUGAAGCUGUUUGUUUGCGGAAAAAUCCAACUUGAAAGAGGAAUACGACUGGAACUCGUCUAGUUCGUGCGAGGACGGCCAACAUGGACAGCUGGCGCCGAUCUCGGCCGGAUGACGAACCAAGUACGACCGACUGGCGCAGUGGUUCCGGAACUGGCGGUGGGGGCAACGGACUGUCGACGAGUCUGUCCGGGUCUAGCUUGCGGGACAAGUGGUCCAGGUCAACGAGUUGGCGCGAAGAGGAGAGUGUCAUAGGCGAUGGGCCUGGAGGGCGGCCACUGCAUUCGUCGUCAGCGGGUGGUGGCUACAAACCUCGGAUGUCGGCUCUGAGCGGCGGAGAUCUCAACACGAGUGGAAGACCGGGAGGUGGCCUACGGCGUCACUGAGACGCCGAUGAUCAACUGCCGGAGUGGGCCACGGAGAACCCGUCGGAUUACGGAGGUAAGCCUCGGAAGAGGCGGACCCCGGCAGCAAAAAGAAGUCUGAACCGGUACGGAACGCUACGGCGGAUGAAAAGCCUCCAAAAGCCAGCGAAUCGGAAUCCCGGCGUCCGAGAUGGCGUUCCCGGCGUCCCGCACCUGCUGCAACUAUUCCC